CCCCAGUGGGCGCAUACCACUCCUUCAUUCUUCUUGUCUCUCGCAAGUGCCUGAGUGCGGCAUCGAGGUGGUCUAUCGCUCCUUUCUCAGAUUCCUUUGUUGGCUCCAGUAUGGAUACCGUCGAGGGUGAAUUCACCACCAGGGAUGGCACGAAGCUCUAUACCAAAACAUGGAAGCCCCGAAGCGACGCUGUACAGGCUGUUUUGAUCUUCCUCCAUGGAUUCUCCGAUCAUAUCAAUGCCUACUACGAUCUCUUCCCCACUCUGAGCUCGUCGCCCUUCAGCAUUGCCGUCUACGGGUUUGACCAACGGGGUUGGGGUCGAUCAUGUCGUAAGCCUGCAGACAAUGGCAACACCGGCCCAACAAUAGUGGUACUAUCUGAUCUCCACGACUUUGUUCUCCAUGUGGCAUCACUACCGGAAACCCAAGGCAAGCCAUUCUUCCUGAUGGGCCACAGCAUGGGUGGAGGCGAGGCUCUGUGCUACAUGCUUUCCACUUCCACGGACUUUUCCAAUCGACCCGCGUUCUCGGGGCUGCUUCUUGAGGCGCCUUAUGUUGAAAUACAUGCGUCAAACCAACCAUCUUUCUUGAAAGUUCAGGCGGGCAAGUUAGCUGCCAUGCUUCUGCCACACACGCAGCUCAAACAAAAACUAAGCGCAACAUAUAUGUCCCGAUCAGAGAAGGUCUGUAAAGACUGGGUGGAGGAUCCGCUGUGCCACGACACUGGCACACUCGAAGGGCUCAAAGGACUCUUGCAAAGAGAGUCCGAACUCUCGCAUCUCUCUCAUGGCCGCACCGUACACGGCUAUACGACCAAAGCCCCUUGCCCGCUAUGGUUCUCUUUCGGCACCGGCGACCGGAUCUUGUCGUAUAUCGCUGCGCAACAACUCUUCAACGUCUUGGAAGCGCCCAACAAGGACAAAACGUUCAAGGCAUAUCCUGAGGCAUAUCACAAGCUCCACGCUGAGCCCGAUGGAGUAGGCGAGCAAUUUGCGAAAGAUGUGGGAGAAUGGGUCCUAGCACAUGUCAACAAACAGGCUGAAGUCGCUCAGGUUGGUCAAUCACAGUCCGAACAGACGGCAGACGGUGGCUCAUAGAUCACAGAAGGCCAAGCUAUGAUAGAGACCACGCCGAGGAGGUGCUCAUCCGACCACAAGACUGGGGUGCAAGGUUCUCAAUUCGGCUUGGGAGGGUGUGCCGCCUUGCGAACCUCACAAGGCUGGUUCCUGCAGCUGACAUGGGCACAUGGGAACCAAUGGGCGCAUGAUUUGCACGGUGAUGACGUCUAGAUUACAUAAGAAUGCGCCUUUCCAUAUUUGUACUAGCGUUUUGUUGUAUUUACCUCCUUGCCUACCGCAAGAUUGUCAAACCUGCAUUCACCCAAACAUCCUCAUUGUCCAGGUCCAUAGUCUCUAAAGCCACUUGCCG